AUGAUAUGGUCCAGGCUAAGUACGAAAACUAAUCGCUUGCCAUAUCUUACGGCUUUGCAAACGAACUCUCUUGAAUCCAGGUGCCUAUCUAUCAUUUCUAAAGGAUCAAGUUACAGGUUCAUUAAUCCUAAUACCAGCUUCCAACACAAUUUCUCUUGUAAUAUAAGGGUAUCAAAGUUUAGCCAAGAAUCAUUCCAUCUGUGUUACCGUAAUACAGCUUUUGCUUCACAGAAUGUUGGAAAGUCAUGUUCCAUGCCUGGUUUACGACACUUCUCAUCUCAUGCAUCCAAAGAGCAGAAAUCACAAAAGAUGCUUUUAUACUUGACGGGCUUAGUUUUUGCUAUGGUUGGCUGCACGUAUGCUGCAGUUCCCCUUUACAGGAGAUUCUGCCAAGCAACUGGCUAUGGGGGAACUGUUACCCGGCGUGAGACUGUUGAAGAAAAGAUUGCUCGACAUGAUAGCAAUAAUACAGUGUCCACAAGGGAAAUUGUGGUGCAGUUCAAUGCUGAUAUUGCUGAUGGGAUGCCAUGGAAGUUUAUUCCCACACAGAGAGAGGUUAAGGUCAAGCCCGGUGAAAGUGCCCUCGCAUUUUAUACUGCAGAAAAUAAAAGUUCUACUCCAAUAACAGGUGUUUCUACGUAUAAUGUCACUCCUAUGAAGGCGGCAGUGUACUUUAAUAAAAUACAAUGCUUCUGCUUUGAGGAGCAGCGACUUCUUCCUGGAGAGCAGGUUGACAUGCCUGUAUUCUUUUAUAUUGACCCGGAAUUUGAGACGGAUCCUAAAAUGAACGAUUCAAAUAACAAGCUCCCUCCAUAUGCAAAGGACAAAGAUGCAGAGCACAUCGAUGAAGCUCGAGUUUUAGUUACUUAUGGUGGCCGACAUAAAGGACAGAAAUUCAUUUUCUUAUUUGUUUCACAUAAAGAAUGCUGCCGCUGCUCUAUACUUCCCAAGUUCUUGAAUAUUUUCAGCUUCAUCAGAACUGUUAUAAUGCCAUGUGAUCAAGUCUUGAAGGUCCAAGGUAUAAUGCCAUGA